AGCCUAGCUAGAUACCAGCAAACGUGAAGUCCGGAUUCUAAUGUGACUGCAUGCUGAUACUACCAGUAUAUUACCAAAAGAAAAUUUACGCACGGAGAAGAAAAAAAAAAUGACCAAAACAAUUAAGUCGAGAGCGCCUCCUUGCCUCUAUAACAGACAACAUGCACAGUUACAGAUGGGUAUAUACUGCAUACUUCUGAAAAGGAAAAGAAAUUUGCCUUGUCUCUUAAGCGGUAUGUGCAUGAAGAGAGACUGUAUUUCAAACAAUUAGUUUUGUAUAUGUGCCAUUUAUCCCAAAGAUAAGAUGAAUUGAGGAUCGAUCUACUCCAACCAAAAGUGAUGAAAAUUUUGCCAGCUAUUCUUUAAUUCUUCCAGACAUAUAGGAAAGGGUGAAGAGGGACUUGUGCAGUCUGCAUCUACUGCCUGUGCCGAAGAGACUGAAGGAGGUUUGCAGUAGACCAAUAUCAUGCUGGUAUUACAUGCUGAAUAAUCUUUGGAGUGUCGCAACUCGUUAGAAGCAGGAAAGAUGUCAUCUUGUGGAAUCGGCCAUUUACUCCUGGCAGUGCUGUGCAUUUUUCGAAUACAAUGUGGAGAAAGUAUAUCUGCUUCACUCGAUCCUAUAGACCCUGAAAUCCAGGUCGGAAGUUCUCUUACUCUCUCCUGCACCCUUCAUCACGGAAAGAACGAGAAUAGAUCAUCACAGUCAAUACAAUGGAGAAAAGGCUCCACCCCUAUCCCAGCAUCUCAAUACACCACGCCCAAUGCAUCGACGUCACUUCUUCAUUUGCAUAAUGUCACAAUCGAAGACGCAGGAAAAUACUACUGCCAAUUCAAAGAUGAUGACGAUCGGUCGAGAAGGCCCGGCGUCCACGUGUUUAUCGGAACGCCACCCCAACCUGUGGACAAUAUAACAUGCGAGGCCCCAACGUUAACAACGUUUUGGUGCACAUGGGACAAUCGCCACCAUGCUACUACAAAUCUAGCUGUCACAGACACACUCGAAUUCAAACCAUAUAACGAAUAUUCUUGGCGAACGUGUAGGAAUAGGCCUACAGAACAGAAUAGAUGUGAAGCAAGCUGUCAAGACUGUUAUGACACAUUUGAAAUACGUGUAGUUUCUUCCAAUGUGCUGGGAAAGUCUCUCAGCGAACAGUCUUCAUUUUACUUCGAAGAAAUUAUUCGUCCCAAUCCUGUUACUGAUCUCAGCGUAACUGCACUCGUGCCUGGAUGUUUAACGGCGUCCUGGCAGGACCCUGUUGGGUGGAUGAACGGGUCUCUUUCCUUGACAUACUCAAUCAGGUACCGAGACCUGGAUCAUCCAACCUUGGAUUCACAGUGGACCGAGGAAGAGUAUAUUUUUUCUAAACACUACACACUCUGCGACUUAAGGUCCUACUCUACAUAUGAAGUAAUGGUAUCAUCAUCGACUUACUUCAACCAAAAUGAUAUGAAAACAUGGUCUAAACAUGUUACAGAAAGAACUCUAGCAACAGCUCCAUCAGCGGCACCCCGAAACCUCACCUUGAACGAAUCUUCAGAAAAUCCAAAUUGGAUCUCAGUCACGUGGUUUCCAGUGGACCCCAUGGAAGAAAAUGGCAUCAUAUUCGGUUAUAUGAUCUAUUCCUGCGAACUGAAUGGUUCAUAUCCACAUACCUAUGUUGGGGAUUCUGUCAGGAGUAGCAGAGACUCUCAGGAAUGGGCAUCUCAUCUCUGCUUAGAUGAAACAAUCGUGGAAAACAUUACUGUCACCACAGAGGAGCAGGAAGACAAUCCAUUAGAAUACACCUUAAUCAACUCUGAAGCAGGGCAGAGUUACCUGGUAUGGGUGAGCGCUGUAAAUACGAGAGGGGAGGGACCCACGACUGAACCUGAAGUGAUUGCUCUACCAAUCGCUCCAGAAAGUAGUAAAAGAAAAGGACGGACCGGUGCUAUGAUCGUGUCAGCUAUAACUCUCUGCCAAGUGAUGUUCAUCAUUGGUCUUGGAUUGUGUUGCUGGCAUAUUGGGAUUAAUCCGUUCAAAAAAAAUCCACGUCUACCUCAACCAUACAUCCCACCAGAAGUCCUAGCCAUGAAGAAAGAAGCACUGACCCCUCGACCGCCCUGCUCUAGUGAAUAUUUUAACGAAAUUCAUGAGUUCAAGGAAGACAAGUCGUUGCUCGAAGACCAUCCUCAGCGCUCUCCAACAAUGGUUAGCAACAGCGGGGGUUCCAGCGUCGAUCACGGUUUCUAUGACAUGCAGAGCAGUAGCAGUAACAGCGGGAGUGGGACAUCAUCGUGUUCAUCUUCUCAGUUCAAUUCUUCCAACUAUCACGAUGUGUCUACCUUGGGUUGCAGGGUGAAGUUGACAAGCAAUAAACAAGUUCUUCUGAUGAAAGACCCGGAAACAGGUUAUUCUGUUGCAACACCAGCAGCUAAAUGCGGUAUAACUCCAGAAAAGGAAAGUAUGGAACAGUUAUUGAUCAAUAAUGGGAAUUACGACAUUGAGGAAGCAGAUGAGGAAGAUGAAGACAGCUAUGGUUAUGUAAAUCCAAACGAUGUUGAACCUGGUACAGUAGGUGUGUCAAGGUUAAUCUUAAAGGGAAACGUGUACGAUCAACCUACUAAGAGGAUUAGAUUCCAAUCUAGUCAGAGUGAUACUCCCACUGUCUUGACCUCGUCGAGUGAUCAGGGUUUCGGGAGUGCAGACAGUGAUCCAGAUUCCCGGCAGGUCAGUCCUACGGAAACGACUUCCCCCAUGUUCACAGAGUUCAUACCUUCGAAUCUGGACAUGCUGCAUGCACACGUUGACUUGAAAGAUAGAACAGAUUACUUUGGUCUGGAUGAAAUCGAAAGCAUAUGCAGUUCAAUGGCGUCAUCACGGUAUCGGUCUUCCAAUGGUGACAACUUUCCCUACAACUUACCUCAGUAUCGUAGGAAGUCCAAAUCAUCUAACAAGAGCUUUGGAAGUGAAAGUGACAUCUUUUCAGGAUAUAUGUGUAUGUCGACCAAAGAGGAGAGCGACACUGACUAUGGCUACGUCUCAAAGGACCAAUAUGGUUGUGCACAGCGAGGUGACGAAAUUACCUUUUUACCUGUUCAAGAACAAACAAGUGCCAUGUCAACUUACGAUGCGAGUGACUUUUACUCAGAAUCAGAUUCUACUGUAAACGAAAGAAUGAAAACAGUGCUCGUCUUCGAUACAUCUCCAGUAGAUAUCCUCAGUGAAGUAAGUCGUCUCCGUUCCACCUGCAUUAAAAUACCAAACCCGUCAUGUCCUUCCUCAACAACAUCUUCACCUUGCACCUCUGUAGCUUCUUCUCCGAAUUCGUCUGUGUCUGAGGUUCCUUCCGAUGAUGCAGACAGACAGAUCAUACUGGCAAGAGAUGUUGAGGAAGACUCCUCGAAUGACCAACAUAGGAAGGGAGGAUGCGUUUUUAAAAAUGGCCAUUAUGUCUCCCAUGAGGAAGCAAGCGAGAUGUCUGCUAUUCAUUGUGGCAGUAUAAACCCUGAAACAAUAUCAAAAGAAAUUCCACCGGGAUCGUCUCCAUGCAGGGUUUCCAAAGAAGACAACCCUCCAAUGAGACAACCACAACGCCAAAAUGUUUGCGAAAUAUUGGUUACCGAUCCUGUGUCAGGGUACGUCCGAAAUGCAGUAUUUUCUUAAUUGUAUUUAGCCUCAAAUUUUCACUGUACUGAUAUUCCAUUCAAAGAUUCCAAAGAAAAACCCAUGAUUAUAUCUUUUCGUGGCUAAUAUAUUUUCCAAAGGAAUCGUAGAAAUAGAAUUUUGUAAAGAUUAUUAUUCCUGUAUUCAGCUUUUUUUUAAUAUUUAGCCUACACAUCUUACUUAUUCCCCAUCUCCUUAUACCAUGUUUAUAAUCCAUCUAUGUAUUUUCCAAGUAAUGAAGGUGGUAUGUGACUUCUUGUUAGGUAAAAUCGUGUCACAUUUAACUUGCCCAAGUUUAUGUAAACGGAGAAAGUUCUUUACAUCUUUGCAUCAGUAAUGCGUGUAAAUUGGAUUAUAUAUAGAGCAUUUCGUUUAUUAUUAGUCAAUCAAAAAGGCAAUUCUUUCUACUAGGUAUAACCCGUCACUUUCCGCCACCCCCCCCCCCCAUCGGCGAUUUUUAUGAAAACAUUAGUAAACUGGACUGGUUUAUUUCAUCUUUAAUAAUAUUCUCUUCUUAUUUCCCGUCUUUAUCAUGUUGUCCACCACUUUUCUGAGUGUUCUCUAUGCAAAGUUAUUUCUAGAUCAUUUCUUCCCUUAUUUUCCUUUUUCCUUCUCGGACUUUACAAAAGUACUAAGCAAUAAACUAAAAUGAAGUGCAAUUUGUUUUCGUGCAAAUCUUGUGUUGCAAUAGAUUAUUAUAACAGUUACAGCAAGAACGCUAGCUGGUUUUGUCAUGGGAACUUCUUAUGGUGUCUUGUAAAUAGGACUACAAAAGUAUAACUUUUGUUCAACGAUUUAUAUACCCAUUUUAAGAUCAUUCUGUUCGUUAUAAAGUUGAUUGUUUAUCAUUUAGGAUAUAAUAAGUAAACUUAUAACCAUUGAUGCUUCAAAUCAUACUGCUGCAAAUAUAGUUAUCAACACUGCAUACAUUUUAUAGCCAUAUUUAUGUUGUGAAUAAUAUUCAGUAAUCAUAUUUGAGAUGUUUAUGAACUAUGUAUAACUAGAACUUGUAAUCUGCACUGCAAACAUCAUUAUGCAUUAUUAGACGAGUUCCAUCCACGAAUUGUAAAUAUUUUUAUUUUGAUAAAAAAAAUACAUUAGUUUCUAGUUUUGUAUGUAUUUGCCCUGUUGUGUAAUAAACCGUAAUGUAAAUAUAUAGAUAUUGAUUUUAUAAUGGUUUACACUCAAGGGCAGCGCCACGGGGGAUAGGCAGGGGGAGAACACCCCUAUAUGAUUGUUCAAGUAGUGAAAAUGAGAAAGAAAAGGGAUCAGUAUAUAAAUGAUAAAUGGUGGUGGUAUUACUCUAUAAUACCGAUAUAAUUCACUUGAGAAAUUAUCAUUUAGUUUGCCUGGCCCCGAACAAAAAAUCAUGGCACCGUCACUGUGUGUCAUAUUUGCAAUUAUGUAUAUAAGUAAAUGAAUAGAUCAGUGAAGAUGUGUGUUUAACGAUGCGUAUAUGAAUUGUAAAAAUAUUUUUUAACGCAGAAAGAUAAGAUGCAGAACGAACCAAAACUUGUUCGCGUUUUAUUGUGACAAUGCCGGAAGCGAUCCAUACCGCUUCCGAUGACAUGCUUAUAUGGGUAUAUUUUUAGACUUUUUAGGCACCAUCAGGCACUUUAAAUACGCUUUGCGCGUUGCAUAAAGUACCAACCAUACAGAGUUACUUGUAAAUCGAUGGUAACAAUACAAUGUGUGUAAUCAUUACUUUAUCCUUACUUUUGCCACUACAAUGUGUGUAGUCCUUACUUUUGCCACUAUUCCAAAGAGUACAAAAUAUACCAAGCAAAGAAUAAAAAUCCUGGUUUUUAACAGUCUGAGCUAUAUACAGACUGGCUCCUUUUAGGCACUGUUGAAGUGGGUUUAUGGAUCUAACAUGGAUGAAACAAGAUAAAUGGGUUUAGGCUAUUAAUUCCAUAAAACAAUUUACUUGGAUGAUGGCCUACCCAAGCCACUUAUCUCUCCUGAUACCAGAUAUUUUGUCCACUAUGUGCCCGAUGUUCGAUGGUGUAGAAUCAUGUAAUUUUAACUUACUAAACUCGUAAUUACUACAAUGUUGGAUUAAAAUUCAUUGAUCAAAUAACCGUAAGAUCGUACACAUAGAUGUAAUAAAGAGUGAGGGUAAAUAUAACAACCUCCAUAUUUUCUUUGUGAACGAGAUAAAUUACCCAUUUGCUCUGUUUAAACGUGAAAAGAGUCAUGAAAUAUGUAAACCUUGGGGGCGUUUAAAACCCUUGUUCUAGCUAAUUUUUGAGAAUGAUGUACAUACAUGUAUAUAUUUUUGUUAGUGUCGAUAUCAUCCAUUUGCAGUUGCCGAUGGAAUGAUAUAAUAAAGUUAUUGUUUUAUCAUA